AUGUAUAUCUGCUUAAAGCAUGCUGAGCUAAUGUACUUCUUUGGAAUGCCUGACAGUGAUGGAAUGAUUGAAUUAGCGCUGGACCCACAGAAGAAUCGCACGGUGAACAUAUGGCACAUAUGCAUUAAGGAGUUGCCUCGUGGCGACGUCCUCUAUGGUUAUCGCAUUGAUGGUCCUCAAAGUUGGCAUGAAGGGCAUCGAUUUGACAAUAGCAUUGUUUUGAUUGAUCCUUACGCGAAACUAAUUGAAGGUCGGCGAGCUUUUGGAGAUGUUAGCAACAAAAUAUGUAGAUUUUUUGGAACUUACGAUUUCAAUACCUUGCCUUUUGACUGGGGAGAAAGUUACAAGCUUCCAAAUAUACCCGAGAAAGAUCUUGUUAUAUAUGAGAUGAAUGUCCGUGCUUUUACUGCUGAUGAAUCAAGUGGUUUGGAUCCAGAUCAACGGGGAAGCUACCUUGGUGUGAUUGAAAAGAUACCACAUCUUCUGGAGCUUGGUGUUAAUGCAGUAGAAUUAAUGCCUGUCUUUGAGUUUGAUGAACUGGAGUUUCAAAGGCGACCUAAUCCGAGAGAUCACAUGAUCAAUACGUGGGGUUACUCAACAAUAAACUUUUUUGCUCCAAUGAGUCGAUAUGCAAGUUGUGCUGGGGGACCCGUCAGUGCUUCUCGGGAGUUCAAACAAAUGGUCAAGGCCUUGCAUGAUGCUGGAAUUGAGGUCAUUUUAGAUGUUGUUUAUAAUCACACUAAUGAAGCUGAUGACAAAAACCCGUAUACCACCUCAUUCCGAGGAAUAGACAACAAGGUUUAUUACAUGGUGGAUUUGAACAAUAAUGGUCAGCUGCUGAACUUUUCUGGAUGUGGAAAUACUUUUAACUGCAACCACCCUGUAGUCAUGGAACUUAUACUUGAAAGCUUAAGACACUGGGUCGCCGAGUAUCAUGUCGAUGGAUUUCGCUUUGAUCUUGCUAGUGUUCUUUGCCGAGGGACAGAUGGUACUCCCAUUAAUGCUCCCCCCCUUGUGAAGGCCAUUGCCAAAGAUAGUGUACUGUCGAGGUGCAAAAUUAUUGCUGAGCCAUGGGAUUGUGGAGGCCUUUAUCUUGUUGGAAAGUUUCCAAACUGGGACCGGUGGGCUGAGUGGAACGGGAAGUAUCGUGAUGACAUUAGGAGAUUUAUAAAGGUGACUCUAGGAGACAAUCUGAAUUGAAAAUUUCAUUGAAUUAAGUUNUUUUAACUGAAUUAAGUUUGUCAGCACAAACUUUUCCAUUAUAUAACCAGUGAAGUACCAGGAAAAAACAGAAAGUGACUUUUGUUUUCUCGUGAUAUAAGGAGGUUUAAAUUGCAUAUAUCCAUGAUUAGACAUAAAUUGAUAGGCUUCUAGUUUUUGAAGCUCAGUUUGUAUUGAUUAGCAUGAUUCAAGGAGAUUUGAUUUACGAGUCUUAAUUUGUAUGAUUUCAGAAGAUUUGAUUAUAUUUAGGAGAUCUGAUCUGAUUUGAUUUGAUA